GGAUUCACAGGACCUGAUGGUUCUCGUGGAGCCACAGGACCAAAAGGACAGAAGGGUGAGCCAGGACUGCCAGGUGCUCGUGGACUUCCAGGUCCAACAGGUGCAGCAGGACUUCCUGGGGAAGUAGGUCGUGCUGGCCCACCUGGAGAUCCAGGAAAAAGAGGGCCACCAGGGCCACCAGGACCACCAGGCCCUCGGGGAACAAUUGGCCUGCAAGAUGGUGACCCAUUGUGUCCCAAUGCUUGUCCACCUGGCCGCCCAGGACAUGCUGGCUUAAUGGGAAUGAAGGGACAGAAAGGUUCAAAAGGAGAGUCUGGUGAACCAGGAAAACAAGGUUAUAAGGGUGAAGAAGGGGACCAAGGACCCAGUGGUGAAGUGGGAGCUCAAGGCCCUCCAGGCAUCCUAGGUAUCAGAGGUAUAACUGGUAUAAUGGGACCUAAAGGUACCAAAGGAUCUCGUGGGCUUGAUGGUGAGCCUGGUCCCCAAGGUCUUCCUGGUGCACCUGGCGAUCAAGGACAGAGAGGUCCACUGGGAGAGGCAGGUCCAAAGGGAGAAAGGGGCUUACCAGGAGUCGAUGGCCGGGAAGGGAUCCCUGGAAUGCCUGGAGCAAAAGGUGAACCAGGAAAACCCGGAGCUCCAGGUGAUGCAGGGCUUCAGGGACUUCCAGGUAAUAGAGGUCCCCCUGGGGUGCCAGGUUUGAUGGGAAAUUCUGGUAAACCGGGUGAACAAGGGCCAGAGGGAGAAGCAGGUCCAACAGGACCCCGGGGACCACCAGGUAGCAGAGGGGAGCCAGGUCCAGCGGGUCCUCCAGGUUUACCAGGGAAAUGGGGUCCCCAGGGUGAUAUUGGACUUCCUGGACUGCCAGGUCCUCCAGGCCUACCUGGUGGUAAGGGUGACCGGGGUUCAGUGGGUGAAUCAGGACCUAAGGGUGAACAAGGUGCACCUGGAGCAGAAGGAGAUGGAGGAGAAAAGGGUGACUUAGGUGAUAUGGGAUUACCAGGAGCAAAGGGAGCUAUUGGUAAUCCUGGAGAGCCUGGUUCCCGUGGGCCUGAGGGAAGUCGGGGACUGCCUGGCAUGGAAGGGCCACGAGGCUCACCUGGACCGCGAGGCUUGCAGGGUGAACAGGGUGCCCCAGGUCUGCCUGGCAGCCAAGGUCCGGCUGGAAAAGAACCAACCGAUCAACACAUUAAGCAGGUUUGCAUGAGAGUCAUGCAAGAACAACUAGCUCAGCUGGCAGCCAGUCUUAGGAGGCCAGAAUUUGGUGCUCCAGGUCUUCCUGGCCGACCGGGGCCACCAGGUGCUCCAGGGCCUGCUGGCGAAAAUGGCUUCCCAGGACAGCUUGGACCCCGUGGCUUACCUGGCCUUAAAGGUCCUCCCGGUGAGAUCGGUCGUAAAGGUCCUAAAGGUGAACCAGGAGAAAGAGGAGAAAGAGGAUUUCCAGGCAGAGGACUGAAAGGUUACCCUGGACCAAGAGGUCUUCCAGGUGAACCAGGCAAACCCAGCUAUGGCAGGGAAGGCCGUGAUGGUGAACGAGGUCUCCCUGGGGUGGCCGGUCAGCCUGGGGUUCCUGGUCCUCCUGGCCCUCCCGGCCCUCCUGGGUACUGUGAGCCAUCGUCUUGCAGAAUGCAGGCUGGGCAGAGAGCUGGUAAGAACAUGAAAGGGCCAUGAAUGGGCAACGCAAGUGCCACGAAGUGUCAGCAUCAAUUUACUUCCUGCACAGACAGCUGAGAAAAAAAAAGGAAUGAAGGAGAAAUACAAACAAGGAGAAACCUUUCAACCAAGGUUUCAGUAAGGCAUUUUUAACACACUGGUUGUACAUUCCUUCUGAAGGUGUACUUAGCAACACAAGCUGGAACAAUGGUGCUUACAGAAAUACACAGGUGAUGCCUUCUGGCUCUUUCUCCCUUUGGGGGGGGGAAAAGGCACUUGUCUAUUUUUAUUUUUAUUUUGAGUUUCUGUGAUUUCUCCUCCUCCCCUACUUAAUUCCUGUGUAUGAUGUACAGUGAAGUAACGUGUCUUCAGCCAUCAAAUAAAAAAGGA